AACCAUAGCAACAUUAGUUCGUUAUGGCGGCAAUCAUAUACGAGCUUUCGCUCCAGCGAAGGUUGCUGUAAUUCGAGUUAGCGUCGAUUAUGCCAUUUCUGUGACAUCUGUUUCUGAAGAAACCAAGAAGAUGCUUCACGAACUGAUUUUUGCUUUGAAUGGAUACCCGGGAAGCAUAUUUGUGGAAAAAGGAGGCACUUUUUCGGUCACCAAAGGACUUCCGUUUAUGCACCCAUCCGAAACGCUGAUUCUGGAUAAGCUCUGUGCUUUAGGAUACCAUGUCAAGUACCUACGAACCUUCGUGUCAACUUACCACGGCCUCAUCGCAAACGGCAAUCAGGAAGAUGGGAAGCCAGUUAGACGUGGCUUCUAUCUGCAUGCAGUCUGCUCGGGACUGCAAAAAGUCCUGUGCCAGUACUCGGAAGAACUGCUUGUUCUUGAAAAAGAAGUUCUUGAGGGACACGAGAUCUCCCUGAUGCGGUUUCAAGAGGCCCUCGAAAAGUACCACCUGCUUUUUCUGAAGCUGCGUGACCUCGUUGCCGAGAUUGAAUCCAGUCAAGUGCAUGGUUGCAGUAUCCUGCAGUCCCUACAUAGAAGCUCUACCACAGCGCUCCCUGUUGCCAAGAAAAGCAUGUCGCUGCUCUUGAGGGCUGGCUAUGGAGUGCUGUGCCAACAGAUUUCUUCUUGGGUGUUGUACGGCAUUCUGCACGACCCACACGAAGAAUUUUUUGUGGAGGAGUUGGGCAGUGGCCCGUCCCAGACGGAGCGCAACACCAGCAGCAGCUGUUUAGAGGCCCCUUUAGUGUCAAUGCAAGAUUUUUGCUUGAAAUCCACUCUGCUGCCUGACCAACUGUCACAGUCUUUCGCCAGCAAAGUGCUUUUUGCUGGCUCGGCCGUGCGAGUUUUUGGGCAGUCUAUGGAGCGGCCAAUCUAUGAAGCGGAGCAAGAGGCAGAGUUCUUGGACCGCCUGCAGAAAAUCAGCGAAUCCGAAGAGAUUGACUUGUUCCAGCUGGAAGCCUUUGUCGAAGAUGUUCGCUCAGCUGCAGCUGCGCACUUGUGGCGGCUGUUUGUGGAGGAGGGCUGCCUGCCAUCCCAGCUGCGGCUUCUGAGGGACGCCUUUCUAUUGGGCCGAGGCGAGCUCUUCUUGCACUUCUCUCAGGUGGCGGAACACAUCCUGUGCAAAGUGCGUGAACCCACUACUGAACAGAACGUAAACGUGAUAUUUCAGCAAGCCUGCAGUCUUCUCCAGUCAGAAGAUGAGAACCUUGCCGAGCAGUUCCGCAUCACAAUUGGUCCUACUGUGUCACAGGACAGCAGUCAGCCGGUCUUUGCUUGCUGGGAGACAAUAGGCUUGAACUACAAGGUCAAGCCACCUCUACAUGUGUUCUUCACUCCGCCUAUCAUGUCAAAGUACAACCGGCUGUUUCGGCUGCUGUUUGGCUUGCAGCGCGCUCAGACCUUCCUCCAGGAGUGCUGGGUGCUCCAGUGUAAGGUGGCACGUGUAGGGCACCUACACAAAUCAGACCUGAUGCGGCGCAUGAUGCAGUUGCGUGCAGAGAUGGCACACCUUCUGGACAGCAUCCAGUACUACCUCCAGGUCGAUGUGAUAGAAAUUCAGUUGGGUCAUCUUCUUACACAAGUGACGCAGACUCGGGAUUUUGAAGCCAUCCAGCAUGUGCACAAUGCCUACCUUGCUUCCCUUCUCAAAGACAGCAUGAUAAUGUUGCAACCCGUGCAUAACUGUUUUAGGUCACUCUUUGUGCUGAGCAAGUCAUUACAUGGCAUCUUUCCUGUCAGUGCCGAGGAACAACUUUCGCAGAGGCAGUUCUCGGAAUUUGAGAAAAUCGAACACGACUUCCGAAGCAAUAAGCUGCUGCUCAUAAAAGUGCUGUCCUCGCUGCACAACAAGCUAUCCGAAACACAGCCCUCCCAACUGCUGGUACGCCUGGACCCUGGCUGUGUAACUGCUCUUGCAACCAGUUAGGUGCGACAUCUGGACCCAUCAAGACAGAAUGUGCCAAAAGGAUAUA